AUGCACCAGCUCUUUAGCCAGGUGCUGGGCCAAAGGGAUUUGUCUAGAGCGGGAGAUUUGUUUUCUCUGGAAGAUGCUGCAAUCGAAGACUGCUUGUCAGAGGCUUUGGACCAGAUCAAGUCCAUUUCCUGUUCACAAGAUUAUUUGACCAAUGACAAUGACCAGGCUGUAGUAGAGAUUUGUAUCACGCGCAUUACCACUGCCAUCAGGGAGACAAAUUCCAUCGAGAGGCACAGCACAGCCCUGGUAGGGCUGUGGGAGUCGUGUCUGGAAUAUAACCUCACGCCUCAAGGUGACUACACUGAGGACACGCCUCACACCAAGAUAGCCUCCGACAUUACCAGCUGUAUUCUGCAGAAUUACAGUUGUCCAUCAGUCAUGGUGUUGGCUGUUCCAGUGGCGGUGCGUUUCCUGCAUAAAGGCAACAGAGAAUUGAGACGCAACAUGUCCAGUUAUAUUUCACUGGCUGCUAUAGCCGAGGUCAAUCUGCUGGCUGAACAUACAGAGGACAUAACACUCAGUGUGCUUGCAGGCAACCACAUGCUCCUCCGUGUGCUUCCUUCAGUCUACCCCAGACAACCUGAUGUCAUACACUGUCACCUUGGCAAGCUCACUGGUCUGAUGUCACAGCUGGAGUGCAUAGAACAACAACACCUGAUUAAACUGCUUCAAAUGGUGGCUGAGCAACACCCACUGAUGCUGAGCCCCCAAGUGCCUGCCCUGGUCAGUUACCUAAGCAACCAGUCUCUAAUUGAGGCCAUAUUAGGCACUCUGGUGGAUGUGUCUCAAGCCAGCCCCUCCUCGCUGGUCAGCUGUCUGCCAAAACUCAGGACUGUGGGACAACAAUGGCCUGCUCUCUUGGGUCACGUGGCGAAAAUCCAUGGUGCUGUGGGCAUCAUCAGUGAGGCCCAUGCACACAGUUGUUUGGUCUACCUAGUGUCUCUUCUGGGCAAUCCGGAACACACUUUUCAUCACAUGUUGCUACUGGAGAUCAAAGUUUUGACUGAUCGUUACCCGUCCGUGCUCGGAGGCUCUGGAAAAGACCUCUACAGGCUGAGCAACUCAUUCACUGCCAUAUCCAGGCUGCUGGGGAAGCGGCUGGAGGGGAGUGCCACCGCACGUCGUAGGUCAGACAAAGCACACUCAACUUUUGCUCUGUUGAAGCAUUUCCUCAGUUUUCGAACAGAAAAUGGACAAUGUUCGCCAUCUCCUACUGCAUCACGUCAAGAUGAAGAAGGAGCUGCAGUAGAGGGAUCUGACCAGAGGAAGCAGGUGAAGGACGGAGGUGAGGUGGAGGUGCAGGAUGAUUCUCCUGCCCCCCAGCGGAGAUACAGUCUGAACCAAGCAGCGAAGGAGGAGCAACGAGAAAUGAGAUUCAACAGGUCAAAGAGCCUGGCUCUUCAUGCUGUGCGCUUGCGAUCCAUCAACUCGGAUGGCGUGGACGACGGAGACGGAGUGGAGCUGAGUCCAGACAACAUCACCUUCACCAGCACUUUGCCCUGCCAGCAUUCAUCAGAAGACCAAGAAGUGAUGCCUCCUGCGAGGAAACUGACAGACAUUGCACCUACAUCUGCUGCCGCUUCUGUGCCAGACUGUGGGGUCAAAGAGGCAGCGAGAGCUUGUACUGAGCAGAAGAACAAAGAGGAGGAAGCGAGGGUAGCUGACAGACUGUUCAUCCAUUUAAGAGACAAUUUGGAGAUGAUCCGAGAGUUUUGUAAGGACAUGGUCCGACAGAUCCCAAUACCAGAGCAAUGUGUAAUAGAAGAAUCCAACAGAGGAUGUGUGGCCAAACUGUCAUUCUCUUGUCCCCUGAAGGCUCAUUACUGCCUGUAUGCCAAGUCCAGUUUUAACCUAAGCAGCCGGCGGCCCCAUCUUUGGAUCCACAUCAUGCUGCUCCAUUUACAGAGUAAGUCCAACAUUCCUCUGUGCUUGUCAGAUGAAUGUGUUCAGAAGUUGGCUUCUCUUUGGGGAAAGACUCAACUCAAAGGAGCUCACAGCUUCCACAUGGCAAUGACGCAACAUGCCACCCCACACAGAAAGGAACUAGACAGUCUCCAGAUGCAGCUGGAGGAGGUUCGCUUCUUUGACCUUUUUGGCUACAGUGAAGAAGAAGGAGGGUGGCUAUGCUUCAUGUGCAACAACCCUGAAAAGGCCACAGGUGUGAACCAGGAGGGUCAGCCUCUCAUUGAGGGGAAGCUGAAGGAGAAACAAGUCCGCUGGAGAUUCAUUAAGCGCUGGAAGACUCGCUACUUCACCUUGGCAGGAAACCAGCUGCUCUUCAGGAGAGGCAAAUCAAAAGAUGAGCUGGAUGACAUUCCAAUUGAGUUAAACAAAGUGCAAAGCGUCAAGGUGGUGGCUAAGAAGCGGCGUGACCGAGGCCUACCGCGAGCCUUCGAGAUCUUCACAGACAAUAAGACGUACGUCCUCAAAGCUCAGGACGAGAAGCACGCGGAGGAAUGGCUGCAGUGCAUCAAUGUGGCCGUCGCUCAGGUCAGGGAGCGGGAGAACAGAGAGGCCACCACCUACUUGUGA